UAACCUCAUGAUGCACCAAUAAAACGGGAGCAUUGGUGUCCGCAAAGUUGCUAGCGCCAGUGAAGCCCAUUUAAACAAGAAGCUCUGUAUCUAUUGUUUAUUUCCUACCUGUGAAUCUGGGACUCCGCUUGGGAUAUUUGGACCGACCGCUGCGUACAACGACACUCUGCUAACAGGGGGCGUUCCUGUUUACAAACAAAAUUGCCCCUUUUAGCCGUUUCCCGAAUAGUUGGGAACGGAAGAUAACUUCAGCCUCGUGGACAAGAGGAAGGAACUGAAAAAGAAGACCGUUAGCAACGUUAGUUUAUUGUUGUUUAGCCUUGUGAGGUGAAUAUUAAACAUGUAUUCAGGAGAGUCUCUGAUGGAGUUUGUCACCAAGCAAGUAGCUACUGCUAGAGAAAAAAUAAAAAAGGUUGAAGAAGCCAUGGCCCAGUUCGAGGAAGGGCUCGGUGGCCAGCGCAGACUGUCGGAUAUGAGCUGGAAACCACAGAGCAGCUCGCACACAGCAGAUCUUCCACAGCAUCAUGUCUGGGAAAAGGAGAAGGAUUUGACUGCCCAGCAGCUCUUUAACCAGGAGUCGAUGUCCUGUUCAGACCAGGAAGAACCAGAACAGCUAAAACUUUGCCAACAUGAAGGACAGCUCUUCCUGAACCAGGAAAAUCUUACCACGGAUACUUCUCUGUCUGAAGAAACAGACUGUCAUGAACCAGAACCAAACAGGAACCAGCCAUUGUGUCAGAGUUCUACAGAUCCUGAGAACCAAGAUCAGGGUGGAUGCAGGAAAGAAAACUCUGAAUCAAACGGCAAUGAAGAACUGAAACUGAAUAAAAGGCGUCAGCGAAGCAAAGAUCACCGAGACAGUGUAGGUGGUGAAAGACAAAAAAAGCACAAAGGGGCUCACAGUGGUGAGAGACCAUUUUAUUGUAAGCUAUGUGGAAAAUCUUUCAGUCACAAAUCUGAUUUAAAUAUUCACAUGAGAACUCACACAGGUCAGAAGCCUUAUCCAUGUAAAACUUGUGGUAAAUGUUUUAGAACCAGUAGUGAAUUAACUACACACAUGAGAGCUCACACAGGUGAGAAGCCAUAUUCAUGUAAAACUUGUGGGAAAUGUUUUAUUAAAAGUGAUCACUUGACUACACACAUGAGAACUCACACAGGUGACAAGCCAUAUUCAUGUAAAACUUGUGGUAAAUGUUUUACUAAAAGUGAUCUCUUGACUACACACAUGAGAGCUCACACAGGUGAGAAGCCAUAUUCAUGUAAAACUUGUGGUAAAUGUUUUACUAAAAGUCAUCACUUGACUACACACAUGAGAAUUCACACAGGUGAGAAGCCAUAUUCAUGUAAAACUUGUGGUAAAUGUUUUAGAAACAGUAGUCAAUUAACUACACACAUGAGAACUCACACAGGUGAGAAGCCAUAUUCAUGUAAAACUUGUGGUAAAUGUUUUAGAAACAGUAGUCAAUUAACUACACACAUGAGAACUCACACAGGUGAGAAGCCAUAUCCAUGUAAAACUUGUGGUAAAUGUUUUAGAACCAGUAGUGAAUUAACUAAACACAUGAGAGCUCACACAGGUGAGAAGCCAUAUUCAUGUAAAACUUGUGGUAAAUGUUUUAGAACCAGUGGUGAAUUAACUACACACAUGAGAACUCACACAGGUCAGAAGCCAUAUCCAUGUAAAACUUGUGGUAAAUGUUUUACUAAAAGUGAUCACUUGACUACACACAUGAGAACUCACACAGGUGAGAAGCCAUAUCCAUGUAAAACUUGUGGUAAAUGUUUUAGAACCAGUGGUGAAUUAACUACACACAUGAGAACUCACACAGGUCAGAAGCCAUAUCCAUGUAAAACUUGUGGUAAAUGUUUUACUAAAAGUGAUCACUUGACUACACACAUGGGAACUCACACAGGUGAGAAGCCAUAUCCAUGUAAAACUUGUGGUAAAUGUUUUACUAAAAGUGAUCACUUGACUACACACAUGAGAACUCACACAGGUGAGAAGCCAUAUCCAUGUAAAACUUGUGGUAAAUGUUUUACUAAAAGUGAUCACUUGUCUACACACAUGAGAACUCACACAGGUGAGAAGCCAUAUCCAUGUAAAACUUGUGGUAAAUGUUUUACUAAAAGUGAUCACUUGACUACACACAUGAGAACUCACACAGGUGAGAAGCCAUAUUCAUGUAAAAGUUGUGGUAAAUGUUUUAGAACCAGUGGUGAAUUAACUACACACAUGAGAACUCACACAGGUCAGAAGCCUUAUCCAUGUAAAACUUGUGGUAAAUGUUUUACUAAAAGUGAUCACUUGACUACACACAUGAGAACUCACACAGGUGAGAAGCCAUAUUCAUGUAAAAGUUGUGGUAAAUGUUUUAGAACCAGUAGUGAAUUAACUACACACAUGAGAACUCACACAGGUGAGAAGUGAUUUAAUCUUCUAUGAGAUUCAUUAAGGCAUUUUCUUUACCUUCUGAUUUGAAAAUUCACACUUGAGAUUGUAUUCAUUAAAAUAUGUUUGGCAACAUAUCAUAGAUGCCUUAAAGUCCUCAAGGCAUGGGUGGAGACUUAUUUCACCCACAUUUCUUGUUAGAAAAACCCUUCUGAAAAGUAAUUAGCUGACAACAUCACAUUUUGUAGAUUAGCCAUUUGUAGCUUGCCUUAGCAAUGUGAAUGGGAUUGAGCUCAUGCGCACGUGAUUUAGGACACGGGUGUUCUGUGAUGUCACAAGCAUACACAGGCGGGGCAAAAGAGCAGAGAAGUCCGCAGUGUCCAUUAUUAAACAAAAGCAGCCCAAGUAGUCUUGCUUAUGGAGACUGACUUUCAUAUUGCAUCCUGCUUUGCUGGGUCUGGCAGAAUGUGUGUGUGUGUGUGUGUCACAGCAGUGAGGGACAGAAAAAAAAACAGCUUUGUAAGAGGCUUGUUAACUCCACAGCAUCAACGAUAAUGAAUUGCAGGCUGAUUCUUGCUGCCAUUUGGAGUUGGUAAUGUUUUUUUAUUUUAUUUUUUUAACAAACUUUAUUUGUUUUUGUCACAAAUACAUAGUCACACUAACAAACAUACAUCAAAUAUACACACGAACAGACAUCAGCUCAUUAAAUCGACAAGAGGCACAUAACAGAUAAUACAACCUUCCAAAAGGUACUUUUUUUAUUGUUUUUGUUAUACAGGGUCAAUCAGAAAUAAACAUCGAAGACUUAUUAAAGUGAGUUCUGCCUUCUUAUUUACAAUUAACUUUAUGGUUUUAACAUAUGAAUGGAAGUCAUUUAAGAAAACGCAAAAGUUAGGGAGAAAUUUGGAGACCCUCGCUUUAUGUAUAUGACAUUUCCCUAAAAGAAGCAUUAGAUUAAUUAUAAAACUUAGCCUUUUAUCAUUACAUUCAAACUUGAUAAUAACAUCCUUAGAUCUGAUUUGGAUAGUGUGUUUGGAUUUAAUCUUAAUAAAAUUUUCCAUAUCUUUCCAAAAUCCAGAUGAGAGACAAUUAUAAAAUAAGUGUAUGAUAGUCUGAAACAUAUGACAAAAGGUACAUUUCUCAUCCAGAUCCUUGAACAAUGAUAAUUUUUUGUUACAUGGAUAAAUAUUGUGUAAAAUUUUGAAAUUAAGUUCCCUUAUCUUGUUUGAAAUACAGUAUUGAAAGUGAACCAUCCAUGCUUUCUUCCAAUUUAUUGAAAGUGAACCAUCCAUGCUUUCUUCCAAUUUAUAUCAAACUGUGUUCCAUGAAAAAAAUUCCUUUGGGUGCCACUGUAUCAGAACAACAUAAAACCUUCCUUAUAUGCUGAUUUGAACAUUUCUUGUCUAAUAAAUCAAUACCCCCAACUUUUAGAGAAGACAUCUGCAAACUAAAUCUCUGAUAAACAGAGUGUGGUCUCAUUAACACAACUAUGCCUGGGGAAAUGGCUCUCAUGACCGAGGCAAAUUCUCUGUAUUUCACUGGAAAAUCCUUAGUUUUCAAAAAGUUCAUAGCUAUAAAGGCUUCCAUUAUCAAAUAAAUCUGCUGCAAAAAUGA